AUGGGGGAAGGGACGUCAUGUGUGGAUUCAGUGAAAGUCCAGGAGGAGGGCGGGAUAAACCAAAGUCUGAGAUUUGUGGAAGGGAGGAAACAGGUUGGGAGAAUCGUGACCGCUGGCCAACUGUCAUUGUGUUCUGAGGGACAGAGUACUCAGCCUGGCAUCACCAGGCCCUCACCUGGGGUGCUGACGCAUGGGGAGAUCUCAGGACCAGCAGAACUAAGGGUGGAGGCCAACUCCCAGCCUCCAUACACCAGCCCAAAGAGGAAGAGGAACUUGUCAUCGGAUUCUGAGGAUGACCUGGCAGAGCUACUGGACCUUGAGCCUAAGCCGGUGUGGUCCGUGGAGACACUGUGUGGGCUCAGGAUGACGCUGAAGAGGAGGCGCGCGUCUAUGGUGAGGCCUGAACACCACAAGGUCUUCACCAGGAUGCUGGAGGAUCCUGUGGUGAAAAAGUUCCUGGCCUGGGACAAGACGCUGAGAGUGUCUGAUAAGUACCUCCUGUCUAUGGUCAUAGCUUAUUUCAGCCGCGCUGGGCUCUUCUCCUGGCAGUAUAGGCCCAUCCACUUCUUCCUGGCUCUGUACCUGGCCAAUGACAUGGAGGAGGACAACCAGGCCCCUAAACAAGAUAUUUUUUACUUCCUCUACGGGAAGAGCUACGCCCAGCGCCCCAUGUUCCACAAACUGCGGUUCCAGUUCCUUCGGUCCAUGGGCUGGAGGAUCUGGGUGUCCCGGGAGGAGUGUGAAGAGAUCCAGGCUUACGAUCCAGAGCUGUGGGUGUGGGCACGAGAUCGCACCAACCUCACCUAG